AUGCGUGAUCUGUAUAUGAAGAAUGGUCAAGGAUUCGUUCUUUGCUACUCAAUCACUUCUCAGUCAACAUUCAAUGACUUGGAUGACUUGCACCAACAGAUCCUGCGCGUCAAAGACUCUUCCAAUAUCCCAAUGAUCUUGGUGGGCAACAAAUGUGAUUUAGACUCUGAGCGUGUUGUCUGUCGUGAGCAUGGCCAAAACCUGGCUCGUACUUGGAAGUGUUCAUUUCUGGAGACGAGUGCCAAGGCAAAAAUCAAUGUAGACGAGGUCUUCAAGGAUCUGGUCAGACAAAUCAACAAUCAAAUGCCUUUAACGAAACAGAAAACUUCAAGGAAAAAAUGCUCCGUGCUCUGA